CCCUCCCGCAGGUACAUGGGCGCCGUGGGCUCGUCGCGGGUCAUGUGCGACAACGUGCCGGGCCUGGUGAGCCGGCAGCGGCAGCUGUGCCGCCGGCACCCCGAGGCCAUGCUCUCCAUCGGCCGCGGCGUGGCCGCCUGGACGGCCGAGUGCCAGCACCAGUUCCGCCGGCACCGCUGGGAUUGCAACGCCCUGGAGCGGGGGCAGCGCCUCCUCGGCCGCGUCCUGCUGCGCAGUAGUCGAGAAUCUGCUUUCGUCCACGCCAUCUCCUCUGCUGGAGUUGUUUUUGCCAUCACCAGGGCAUGUAGCCAAGGGGAGCUGAAAUCCUGCUCCUGUGAUCCCAAGAAGAAAGGCUCUGCCAAGGACAGCAAGGGCCAUUUUGACUGGGGUGGCUGCAGUGAUAACAUUGACUAUGGCAUUAAAUUUGCCAGAGCCUUUGUGGAUGCCAAGGAACGGAAAGGAAAAGAUGCCAGGGCACUGAUGAACCUUCACAACAACAGAGCUGGAAGGAAGGCUGUGAAGCGGUUUUUGAAACAGGAGUGCAAAUGUCACGGUGUGAGUGGAUCGUGUACUCUAAGGACCUGCUGGCUGGCCAUGGCAGACUUUAGGAAAACAGGAGAUUAUCUGUGGAAGAAAUACAAUGGAGCAAUUCAGGUGGUCAUGAAUCAAGAUGGCACAGGUUUCACUGUGGCUAAUAAGAAAUUUAAGAAGCCAACUAAGAAUGACCUGGUAUACUUUGAGAGCUCUCCAGACUACUGUAUCAGGGACAGGGAUGUAGGGUCCCUUGGGACAGCUGGUCGGGUGUGCAACCAAACCUCGCGUGGCAUGGACAGCUGUGAAGUGAUGUGCUGCGGGAGAGGCUACGACACCUCCCGCGUCAGCAGGAUGACAAAAUGCGAGUGCAAAUUCCACUGGUGUUGUGCUGUGCGCUGCCAGGACUGCCUGGAGGUGGUGGACAUUCACACCUGCAAAGCGCCAAAGAGCGCUGGCUGGAUUUCCCGGACAUGACGCACAGGCUACUGAUGGCUGAGGACCACAGCCUUUGCCCUUCCUGGCCCACGCAGGGAAUGCAUCAGAGGUCGUUUUUACUUUUAUGCCUGUUUUGCCUUUGUUGUUCAUUGCACAGAAGCUGCUGAAAAAUUGAUAUAAACCCUGCAGCAUUUACUUCACAUUUCUGCAUGACAGUGUUGCUGCAGAGUUGUCUCCGCAUGAACUGAUGCAGCUCUGGAAGGAUGUACUUAUGCCAGGACUGUUCCAACUACUGUGUAACUCUCCUCCAGAAUCCGAGUGGCAAUUCAUUCCUGCCAUCAGGAACACAAGAAGAUAGAAAAUACGGCACUUUUACAAGAUCACCGCCACCAGCUGCAUGGACUGGGCUUGCUCAAGCAUCUUCUGAACGAUUUUGGGCAGGUCACAGUUGAGUCCUGGAUACCAAAUGGCUCAGGACUUUGAGCACUGGUUGGUGAUUUCCCCAUGAAAGAAAAUUUGCAGCCAGAUUGGUGAAAAACUUAACUGGAAGGUGUUUGUUCAUCCCUAGUGGACUGGAGUUUCCAGUAAGGUGGCCACCUGAGGCCACCCUGGCCACCAUUAGCCCACUGUGGCUUCCUGUGGGGCAGGAAUUGGCCCAUGGCCUAAAACAAAGGAAACUGCAGGAGAUGUAUUCAGCCACAACACUUUGAUGAACUAUUGGAAUCAAAGAAAAUGUCAUAGUUAUAUGUUUGUGAAAACUUGCCUUAAAAGCUUUUAAAAGGUAAUGAAUAUUAACUGCUGAGGAUUUUUUGUUUCCUGACCUAAAGGAUUGAAGAGAAUGGUUUUUCACCCUAGUGAAAUCUGGGUACAGGACACUCGACUACCUAAGGAUAAGGUUUCCACUUUUUCACCUACACAAUAGUGGAAAAAUGUUUACGAACAGUGUUGGAGAAGGAAAUGCCUUGCCUUAGUAAUGACUUGGAUUCUAAAGUAGUUACCAGCUUCUAUGUUCUUUUAAAGUUAAUAGAUCUAUUAAAUGUGCUCAAAAUUAUACUUUCUACUCAGAUGGCAAAAUUUGAAUUAGAUUUUUUCUGCAUAUUUUCUGCAAAGCUACAUGCCUAUGAUUUGGAGUGUAUUAGCUUGCAGUGGAGGCAAUUACAGGUUGUGCCAGGUCCAUAUGCUGGGCUGGGAUCAGCACAAAACAACAAGUUGCUGUAAAGAUGUGCAGGCUUAUGAAGCCCAGAAAUUGCAGCCUUGGUGGAAAGGAACCAGGUCAGAGAGGGACCAGCUGUCUCUCCUCAGGGCAGAGACCAGCAACAUGAACCAGAAGAAAAAUGGGCUCUGUACCAGUAAGUAUAAGGCUCUGAAAAAGAAUCCAUGAAAAGUAGAGACAGGCAAGGUAAUGAAAAAGUAACAUAGGAAAAGGAGGUUGAAUGAGUGAUAGAACACACUGUAGAUGAAGGUGAAAUUUCCAUGUGAAAACAAAAUAGACUGGAAGAACCCUGCAGGUACAAGCAGUGCAAGAAAAAAUAAUAUCCAAGUAGCUAACCAGGGCAAUAAAGUGAAUACUCUGUGUAUGUUCUGGUUUUGGAACUUUCUUAAAAGACUAUUUAAAAAGAAGGGUGUUUGGCAUUAAGUGGUCUUGAGGGAGCAGUCAUUUACAUCUGCAAGGCUUUAAAAAAAAAGUUUAUAUAAUUAAAAUGGGCAAUUCAUCUCCAGAAGGCACAGCUGGUGUUAAAAGAUUAGGAGGCUCCAGAAAGUUCUUUUUUGGACAAUGAGAUAAUGUUUCAGUUAGUGUAUAUGGAAAUGAUCAUGGCUAGAGGUAACAAUCAUCACACUUCUGUCUAAAAACCAACUGCUGUUGGGAACAGCCCUGCCCACGUGUCCCUGCACGUGCAGUGUAUGUAUAAUGUGUAUUUAUGUGCCCACAGGCAGCUCAGGGCUUAUACUGCUGGCCUCUUCAUUGCUGCCAAUUCUGGCUCUGGGCUGGAUAAGGAAAAAUUCAUAUCUAAUUGUAUUUAAAGGUGAGCUCCAAGGAGAAUUUUUAUUGGGAUUUCACUGCGAAAUGAAAUCCACAUGUAGUUUGUAGCCUCAACAAUAUCAUACUUUAAGCCUUAAGGAAUUUAAAAGCAGUAUAAUAAUUUUUAACCUUUUAGAGCCUUUUUUUUUUUUUUAAAAGAUUCAGGGAGCCUGAGUGGUCUAAAAGAACCUAUUUAAUAAAACUGAAAAUAUUUUAAUGUUCUGGAAAAAAGAAAAAAGGCUCAUUCUUACAAGAGAACUUGUUCUAGGUAGUUGAAUGAAGGGUAAUGAAAUCAGAUCUCUUCUCAAAUAUUCCAGAAAAAUCAACUCAUCUGAAUUCUGCAGUCCCAGAUAAAGUGUUUUCGAGUCACUGUAUUAAAGGUGUAUUAACUUUUAUUCCCAAACCUGGUCCUCUUCCGCUAAGGCACAUUUUCCUGUUCCAAACCUUCCUCUGGAUCAGAGACCUGUGGUUCCUGAAGGCUGGUCUUACCAGUAGGACCAGGACAAUGGGGGCAUUGAGUCCCUUGGCCUUUUCGGUGUCUUUUGUCACUCUGUCCAGCAGCAAGCCCACUCAGGUGUGCACAGCAGGCUGAUGUUCCCAUUUGGGGCAUGUGAUAAACCGUGAUGCAAUGCCUGCAUCAAAACUGCUUCACCAGAGGAAACCCACAAUACUUCACAGCAUAACAAAUGGGUAAAUGCUAAGCUGGUCACUUACUUGAUGACAGUUUUUUCUGGAUUUAUGCUUUUUGGGGUUUUUAAGAGCUCAAGGUAGACUUCUUACAGUUGUAGGCAUUUCUGCUGCCUCUUCCACAAAGAAAUGCACUCCCAGAAACUUCUUCUGUUUCUUAUUGGCAAAAGACACUCAAAGAUUUAAAUAUUGCUAGAAAGGCCCCUCCAUGAUCUUAAGCAAAUCCAACAAAGAAUAUAAGAGGGGAAAUAAAAGAGGAAAUAAAAAAAGAAGAAACAGAAAUAGGCAUGGCAAAUGAAAUAAUACUGUAGUUUUGUUCUAUGGAAUAAAUUUAUUCAUGUAUUUAGUCAUGAAGAGGAAACAGCUGUCUCUGGGUAGACAUUUUAGUGUCAGAGUAAUGUUAGCUGAAGCUAAAGGUUGUAGGAUUAUUUUUUUAAAUACUCAGUCCAAUUUUCUCGAGGGAGUUCCCUUUAAUUUGCUGCAUGAACUCAGGAUCUAGCAGCGCCCUGAAAAGCCGUUAGCCUGCCAAGCAUUUUGGGAUUGCUCCCUCCCCACUAUUUUCAGCAAACUUUACCCUAAAAAGUGUGUUUGGCUGUCAUAGGUGAAAUCUUGUAAAAAAAAAAGUUUAAUUUUCUUUUACUACAUGGAAAAUGAGGAAUGACUUAGCAAUGGUGGUGUAUAUUAGGGCAUGUGGGCAUUGAAGGUUGAGAGAUUGCUGCUUUUUCUUUUCCUGGAAAAAUAACAGAAAGUAUCUCAUCCUGGCCUCCCAUCCCCGUGUGUAUUUGUUUGCAGAUGUGAAUUAGAAGUAAAAGGCUGCAUUUCUGGUCCUGUGCUGCACAGCUGCUGAAGGGCAUCCAGCUGCGUGCCCACACCACAGCUGUUGGUUGCUGCCUGCGGGCUUCAUGUCCAGCUUGUUCAGUGUAUGGUGGCAAGGGGAAGAGGAAUGUUCGAGGAUUAGUGAAGAUCUGGAUCUGGGGAGGGUGCUUUUGCUAAGAAAAACUAGCUCUUACUCCACUGUGGCAGCACAAAUGUACCGAUACUCACUCUUCACCAUGGUGUUUGUCCUGCACUCUUGGGAAGGGCUUUAUGCAGGUGGUGGCUGCAUCCAAGGGCAGAAGUGGUUUUGUGGUCACAUGUCUCAGCCUGCAGGUUUUACCUGCCACUUCAAAUGAUAGAAAUUUCUGAUAUUAUUAUCAGAAAGACAGAGGCAGCUCAUGGGCUGUAACCACAAACGUGAUUUUGGGUUGUUUCUUUUGUGUAACAGCUCAUUUGCCUGGGGAAAUGGAUGCAACUUCAUAAAGUUAAGAUCUCUUGUGAGAAACGAGCAAAUGCAUAUGAAUCAAUACAUUGACAGCUCCCUCUGUGGUGGGAGCUGGGCAGGAGCCCUGCUGGAGGCUGGGUGGAGCUAGGGCUACAUUUUACAAUCUGCUGUAACUACAGCCACUGAGGUUUUCAGGGCCACCACAGGGUGACAGCCAAGGGGUGUGUGUGGCGUGUGCAAGAGGUGCAGCUUCCUUUGGAUGCUUAGCUUCUGCAGGUUUCUUCAACGUGGCAAAACUCCUGAUAACCUUCCUCCUUUCUGCUAGGGUAAGGACAUGGUCUGGAAAACAGUCUGUAUGUUGAGCAUACUCACCAAAUGAUGAGAGGGAAAGCUGCAGCUCUCCCCUUGGUGUAGCACUCUGAGUGCAGUUCCUGCCAGGGAGCAGCUGUAAAUCUAUCCAGUGGGAGGAAGGGACAGAAGGGGACCAGAUUGACUUGGCACUCCCAGGGAGGUCCUCUCCUUUUUUGUUCUAUGCAGGUUAUAGUGUAAAGAGAUAAUGUGCAUACAAAUUCUAUUAAGUUGUCUUUAAAGAAAAAAAAUCAGGAACUGCUAACAUUUGAAGUUAAAAAGCUUUCUCCACCCCUAAAUUUGAAGAUGAGUUAUUAUCUGAACCAGAUUUCCACAAGGCUCAUCUCUGCACUAAGCCAGAGGCUUUCCAUCAUUAUAAUCAUGGGCUGUGUUUACUUUAUCAUCUAAGCCAUACUGAACUUCACAGGAAACAUGUCAGAGGCAGCAAAGCCCAAGGCAAUAAACUCUGCCCAAUGAAAAAGAAAA